AUGUCUUCUAUAGCAAAAAUCAUGAUGAUCUUUCUGACAAUUCAAUGGACUCUUAUACCAUUUGCAGAAGCCCAUAAAGUUCAGUUCAAUUUCCCUUCCUCUGAUGAUGUUAUUCAAGUACUUCUAAUUGCUACGAAGUCUGAACAGGGGAUCGAACUGACAAAUAGCAAGUAUGGUCAAAAUUUAACUUGGAGCAUGGGUUGGGCCUCUUACGGAAGACCAGUUGAUAUAUGGAGUAAAUCUUCUGGGGCCCUUGCGAGCUUUCAAUACUACUUUCAGCUCGUACUAUACAAUGGAACAGAUACCAUAAUGUACUAUUAUGCUGAUGGUCUUGCAUUCUUCAUGGCUCCUUGGGAAUCCCAACCUCCACAAAAGGGAUCAGGUAUGUUGCUUGGACUGUUCAACAGUACAACUAAUGGUAAAUCAUCAACCCAAAAAGUUGCUGUUGAAUUUGAUACAUUCAAGAACGCAAUAAAUGAUGAAUUCUAUGGCGUCAAUGCGCAUGAUCCGGAUGAUAAUCAUGUGGGGAUAGAUAUCAAUAGUAUCAUUUCUGUAAGGAAUAUUUCUUUGUCUGAGAGGCUUAACAGUGGAAAAACUUGGGAAGUUUGGAUAGAUUAUGAUGGACAACUUAAGGAUCUCAAGGUCUUUAUGGCUCAUAACAGAUCAGACUUCACUUCUCCUCGUCCUCAACAUCCAACGCUUGCCUACUCUCUAAAUCUCUCAGAUUUUCUUCCUGAAAAGGUCAAAAUCGGUUUCUCUGCUUCAACAGGGCUUUCCAAACAGAGGCACAAUAUUAUCUGCCAUUAUGAAGAGCUAAGUAGAGCGACUGCUGGCUUUAGAGAGCAUUUAAUACUCGGACAGGGGGGAUUCGGAAGGGUUUACAAAGGAAGUCUAGAGAAUGGAGAAAUAAUGGCGGUGAAGAGAAUUUAUCAGAACUCUGAGGAGGGGCUUAGACAAUACGAAUCAGAAAUUGCAAUGAUUGACAACUUGUCUCAUCCAAAUUUGGUUCCCCUUCUGGGAUGUUGCCACGACAAAAACACUAGUGAACUUCUUCUGGUUUACCAGUAUAUGUCCAAUGGCAGUCUGGACAAAUAUUUGUUUGCAGGAGAAGCUCGGAUUCGAGCUCUGAGUUGGAAUGAGAGAUUCAGUAUAGUCCGCGACUUAGCUUCGGCUCUUCUCCAUCUCCAUGAGGAAUCAAACCCCCGGGUUCUGCACAGAGACAUCAAAUCUAGCAAUAUAAUGUUGGACCACAACUUUGUGGCACGGCUUGGAGACUUUGGUUUGGCUCGCUUGAUGGAGCAUGAUAAUACCUCUCGCUAUACAAAACCUGGUGGCACCACGGGCUAUAUCGCACCAGAGUACCUUCAAACAUUGAGGGCCAGCUCGGAAUCGAAUGUCUUCAGCUUUGCUGCCGUGGCUUUAGAAAUUGCCUGUGGAAGACCUGCGUUUGAUAGAGAUCUUACGUUUUGUAAUAUGAGUUUGAUCAACUGGGUUUGGAGUCAGCAUGAAAUGGGACACAUACUUGAUGCAGCUGAUAAAUUGCUUGAUAAGGAAAGAGAUGGGGUUCAAAUUGAAAGGUUGAUGCUGGUUGGAUUGUGGUGCUCCGUCCAUGAUUAUAGACAGAGACCAAGAAUGCAGGUAGUUCUGGAAGCCUUAAAAUUUGAAGCUGAAGUGCCUAUUCUCCCAUGCAGAAUACCUGGAGAACCUCAUUGA